GUGUGGCGUUACGAAGGCGCCAUUUUUAAAUCUAAUUUUAAAGAGUGGAAGAAAUUAUAAUUGUAAUUAAUUAUGCAAGAAGAUAAAAAUGCCAUUUUUCAAAUGCGAUUUCCUCAUAAAUUGUGGUUCCUGCUUAAUAUGCGCACUGAUGCAAUAUUGUGGGGUGGUAGUGGUAGAACUAUCCUCCUAAAUUAUAGAAUACUACACACUUAUCUACAAUGCGAUAACUCUAUAUUUAAAACAACGAACAUUUCAAGUUUUGUUAGACAACUUAACUUGUAUGGUUUUCGAAAAGUUACUUCGCAUCUACAAGACCCACUUUGUAAUUCAAGUAAUCCUUACAUGCACGAGUAUAUUCACGACUUCUUUCAAUAUGGCAGGCCUGAAUUAUUAAAUAAAAUUACAAGAAAAGCGCUGACAUUAAAACGAAAUUCAAAACCCAAGAAUAUAUUUAAUUGCACUGACCAAAGUGCGUUCAUAACUCCGCUACAAAAAGCGCGACGAGCACUAAGAAUCGCUCUGAAGAAAGCUGCACAAGAACUUUUCAUGCAAAGCUCGCCUAAACAAUUUAAUCUGACUAAUGACUUUGAAGAUGUACAAGAUGAUUUUGGUGAUGAUGACAGCAUUUCUGGAGACUGGUUAAUACCCAACAGUGAAAACAAUAAUGUUCAUAAAGAACAAAAUUUACCAGUCCUAUCCGCUGAAAAACCUCAGGAAAAUUAUAUUAAUGCUGGUGAUGGAUUCCAGAACUUUGGAGAUAAGUCGCAAGAUACAUUGUUGGGUUUUAGUGAUGACUCAUGUCAACAGAAUGUUGAUAGUUUCCCUGGACAGUUUCUGAAUAUGCCUGAUCUGGAUCCUGUACCAUCGGAAAGUUCUGGAGUUGAGCUGUUAGCUGAAUUCAAUAUAGUCAAUGAGAAUAGACAUGAUAUUGAAAGGAAAAUGGAAUCAAAACCAAUUGAUCACCAAUUCUUAAAUUGUGUGCUUCCUUCCAUUAGUAAUGAUCAAAAUGAUGAUGUAUCUAUGACUGAGAGACAUGAUGAAAAUAUGACUCACUAUCACAGUGAAUGGGACCAAAUGUUUAAUGAUAUUAUCAUCAACAAGAAUUCCGCUCCAGAGUCUUCCUCUAACUUGAAAGAAUUAUACACUCAAAUAUCACAAACUAUCCAUUUGUAAAUAUUGCAUUUGUCUUACAUUUAAUGAUAUAAUUUAGAAAAAAUGUUAUGUUAAUUUUGCACCCUUAAAAAGUUUUUUAAAGCGGUCCUUUGUGACUACAUAUGAAAUCACAAUGAAAUUCAUCAAAAAUAUAUUUUUAAGCCAUAACUUCCUUUAUUUGUGAAAACAUAAAAAUACAGUGUUAUUACUACUU